GGCGCUGGUGUAGAUACACACACACACACAUACAAGCGCAAGGGUAUAUGCUUGGCUUGGCCUGUGGACUAUAGUGGCCAAACGGUGCCGAAGGGCUAGAGCUCACAUAGUCGUGAGAUGUGCGCGGGUGCGGACGUGUUUUUCAUUCGCUCCUCACAUUCCCUGCUUUUUUUUUUCACAAAGUUGAAACGCAGACAUUGAAGUUGAAGUGCUAUCUCCUUUCGUUUUUGGUUUUUCAGCAUUCUGUGUUUUCAACGCAUCGACGGCAGUGAUUACUUUUCGAUUGAUUUCAGUGUCUCUAGUGUGUCGUUUCCAUUUUGUUUCCUCCCCCCCCCCACGUGCGAUGAAGAAAAAAGUCAGCCAGACUUGAAAAUCAUAUCGGAUUUACACAUUUUGUUUUCUCCCUCUCUCCAAUUGGCGCUGUUAAACGACGUUUUACACAACUUUGGAGAAGGAAUUUCGUUGUCUUUGAAGGACACGUUUAUCUUUGUUUCUGACUCGAAGCAAAACCAAAGUCCAACACGUCAUUUUCUCCUUUUUUUUUCUUUUUUGGUUCCCCCCAAAAAGAAGAUUUCAGAACCCAACAGUUUAUCAAUUUAUGGUCAUGGCCUUUUUUACCUGACGUUCGGAUUGGGUCACUUCAUCUCUGAAAAUUGUUCAUUUUCAGCUCAAAAAAGAAAAAAAAAUAGUUUUUUGCUGUUGCUCAAAUCUCUCAACUAAAAAAUUCGCUUCCCCCACGAAAAGCUCAAAAAAUUGCAUCGAAAUUUUCAAAGUGUCUUUUUUUCAGUUGAAAAAUCCAUCGAAAGUGUGUUAGUUGUCCAAAGUUGCCUUCCCCCCCCCCCCCAUCCCUUCCCCAUAAAAAAAUUCAAGAUGGUGCGACAUCAUCGGUUAGCUGCGUCCAAGCGGAUCGUAGACGAUUCUUCUUCGUCCUCAAUCACCAAUACCACCUCCACAUCGUCGCUGAUGUGGAGGAGACGUUGCGGCUGCUAUUGCGGCAGCGUCCGGUGGCCAACUUGGCCUCCCAUGCUCCUUCUACUUCUGCUCGUCUCGGUCGAAACGCUUUCCCUGGCCACCGUCACCACCGCCACACGCAUGCAUUAUAUCCAUUGGAAUACCACCAACCCCAUAUUCCGGAUAGACAAUACGGAUCACAUUAUCGACGUCAACAAGAACAAUAUUCCGUUCGAGUACGACCAGGUCAACAUAAUCUGUCCGGUGUAUACGCCAGGCACGCACGAAGACGACGCUGAAAAGUACAUCAUUUACAACGUGUCGAAGGAGGAGUAUGACACGUGCCGCAUCACCAAUCCAAACCCGCGGAUCAUCGCCGUCUGCGACAAGCCUUACAAGCUCAUGUACUUUACCAUCACCUUCCGUUCAUUCACGCCUCAGCCCGGCGGGCUUGAAUUCCGACCUGGACAGGAUUACUAUUUCAUCUCGACGUCCUCGAAAGACGAUUUACACCGACGCAUCGGCGGUAGGUGCUCUUCUCACAACAUGAAAGUCGUCUUCAAAGUCUGCUGCAAAGCCGAGGAUUUGGACAAAGGAACGACCGCAGGACGGCCGGCUUUGCCCAGCUCGACGACAUCGACGACGAUGCCCACUGUUUCCACCAGCGCCGUCGCUGUAAUGAACAGCACGACCACCCAAGCGCCAGUGGUGCCGACGCGCAGCAUCACCACUCAAAUGGUGUUGCCUUCUGUCACGUCUCCUCGCAUGCCUCCCCACUGGAAAGAUGUCGAAAUUCAAAGUUUCAGCGUUCGCACCACGACCAAGAAAUCAGAUGAUUUCGAUAAGCUGUCAAACGAAGUGGUGAAGAAUGAAGAAUUGACGUCGAAAUCAAGCGGCGCCAGACGGCAACUUGUCCACAAUCCCGUGUCUGCUCUUAUUGCGGCCGGUCUUGUAAGCCUGAUCUUCUUCAGGGUUCGAUGAAAAGAAUAACAAAAAAAAAAAAUAAAUAAA